CCAGAGGAAGCCGAGUGCGGGGAAGUGGGGAGGGGGCGGGAAUUCCCGGCUGGAGGCCGGAACGGAACGGAUACAAUGUAGCGAGGCCCGAGCGAGGUCAAGGAAUUUCACAGGUGUGGACAGGGAACUCAGGCACCCCCUGCCCUCCAAACUACCACCACGAUGGUGCCCUGGGAAGAGCCAGAACGGCUGGUGUGGCGCCCAGAAGCUGUGGCUGCAGUGCCUGUGGGCCUGGAGGUAAAGAUGGGUGCCCUUGUGGUGCUGCUGGUGCUCACCCUGUUUUGCAGCCUAGUGCCCAUCUGCGUGCUUCGACGUCCCAGUGCCAACUUUGAGGCCUCAGCCUCCAGAAAGAAAAUCCUGAGCCUGGUGAGCUGCUUUGCAGGUGGUGUUUUUCUGGCCACUUGUCUUUUGGAUUUGCUUCCAGACUACCUGUCUGCCAUAGAUGAGGCCCUGAGUGCCCUUCGAAUCACACUCCAGUUCCCACUACAGGAGUUCAUUCUGGCCAUGGGUUUUUUCCUGGUUCUGGUGAUGGAGCAGAUUGUGUUAGCCUACAAAGAGCAAUCAGGGCCCCUUCCAAGAGAGGAGACCCGAGCACUCCUGGGCAGUGCGGGCAGUGCACCUCCCCACUGGCAUGAUGGACCUGAUGGGACUUCUACCCCUUCAGCCUUAAGGGCCUGUGUCCUGGUCUUUUCCCUUUCCCUCCAUUCAGUAUUCGAAGGGCUUGCUGUGGGGCUGCAGCGUGAGCGAGCCCGGGCAAUGGAGCUAUGCUUGGCGCUGCUCUUACACAAGGGGGUACUAGCUGUCAGCCUGUCCCUACGACUGCUGCAGAGCCGACUUCGGGGGGGAGUGGUGGCCAUUUGUGGGGUCCUUUUCUCCUGCAUGACACCGUUAGGUAUUGGGCUGGGGGCUGCACUGGCAGAGUCAGCAGGGCCUCUGCACCAGCUGGCACAAUCAGUGCUAGAAGGCAUGGCAGCAGGCACCUUCCUCUAUAUCACUUUCCUGGAGAUCUUGCCCCAGGAACUGGCUGCUUCUGAGCAGAGGAUCCUCAAGGUCAUCCUGCUUCUAGCUGGUUUUGCCCUGCUCACUGGUCUGCUUUUUAUUCGUGUUUAAAUGACCUCUGAGGGAUGGGGGUGAGGGGGAGGUUGAGAUGCUCCCAGAACAGCUUUAGAGAAGGGUGGAUGGGGGUCUCGGGAGCUGAAAGUACAUAUAAUGUGGGGGGUGGGAGGGUUGAGUGCAUUGGUGAGUGUUGUAGACAGGACCCUAGAGAAUGACCAUUGGAACAAAAAACAAAGAUAAAACUCCCCAGGAAUGUGGAGGGAGGCAUAGAGGGGAGAAGAAAACCAGAAAAACACUAGAUGAGACAAAGGGACAGGAAGAGGUGAUAGAAUACAAGGACACUAAGUGCAGGGCCAUCCGAGUGAGGAGUGAAAGAGAUCUGGAGCCUCCUGGGGGGUAUCGAUUCUAUUCCAUUCCUGUACUCUCCUGGAGAAGCACCAUUUUUUUCUCCUGGCCCCAUCCCCUUUUCUUCAAAUGUUUCCCUUUUUUAAGAGCACGAUGCCUGACAACAUCCACAGGCCAAGUUCUUUGCCCUCAGCUGAACUUCCCUUCCAUUCCUCCUAUAAAGUGCCAAAUACCCGCCCCACCCCCUCCCCUUUUCACAAAGCACAUUGGUAUUGGACCUUGCUAGGCAGCUAAAUGGGGACUGCUGCCUGCUGCUGAUUUCCAGUGACCUUUCACCCUUACUGGGGAUGGGGGUGAGUAUCUAACCUGGUGAUUUUGCCCAGGUGCCAAAGGCUUAACUGCCUAAACUCUUUUUGUACCAGAGAAACCCUGGAGGCCUGCCUCCCGGGGGUAUUUUUGGAGAAGGGAGGGUG